GAAAAAAGACAUAGAGAAAACAACCAGCUCUUUCAACAACAUGAAAGAGCUAUUGACAGCAUACAAAAUGCAAUCAAAAGAGAAAUACCUCACUUGAUUCAUGAAUUUCAACUAGACAUUGAAGAAGCUGAUAAUCUAAACGAAUAUGUGAACGAUAAAUUAACCCUAUUUCGUUUUUUAAGAAAAAACAACUAUUCGUUACCUACAACAUUGUCUCUCUUACUAGAUACCAUCCGAUGGAGAAUAACGCAAGACAUUGAUCGAAUUCGUACUUGUCAACUUGUUGACUUUCUUUCUCAACCCCUUGUCUAUUUUCACAAACAGGACAGAAUAUGUAGGCCUGUGCUGGUUGUUCAAUUAGCGCAUUUACCCCAGCCUUCUGAAUGUGAUUCUGCUGAAUUUUUCACACCACUCGUUAUUUUCAUACUCGAGACAGCACGAUUACUUAUAUGGGAUUUAACACAAGAAAGAAUAAGAAACCAAGUAGAAGAUCCAAUUGUUUUAGAUAUGGUCGUUUUAAUUGAUUUUAAGAAUGCCUCUUCUUUACCCACUGAUAUCAAUCUAUUUAAAUCGUUUGUGACAUUACUCAGAAGAUAUCCAGGCUUGACAGGCACCGUCAAUUUAAUUAAUUUUGGGUGGAUGUAUCAAGGUCUUUGGCAAAUGUGUAAGCUGGUAUUAUCCAAAGAAGCUAAAGCCAAGGUCAACUUUCCAAAACCACAUGAACUCAAACAAUUGAUUAAAGACCAAGAUUUGAUAAAAGCAUUGGGUGGACAAGAUGAUUUUGAAUGGAGUCUCAGCCAAGACAAGUAUUAUACCAAAUACAGACCACCACUUGUUUUGAGUAGACGCAGUUCGAGUUCAUCUAUUUAUUAUGAUUCACUUGCCAUGACACAGGUAACAAGACCUCCUUCCUCUUUCAGUCUGUAUGCUACACCAUCCAAUUCACUUACGCCUGUUGCAAGUCAUACAAACCUG